CUAGCAUUUCCACAACAUGGGAAGGCGCAGUGACGCCAUGCUGGUUAUCCGUAAACCCUAGCGAGCUGGAAUAAAGACAGAUAGUUAGUUACAUAGUUAAAUUUCUUGUGUGGGUAUUUGUUUAGUAGAAGCUGCCAAAAUGGUGAAGGAGCAGUUCAGAGAGACAGAUGUGGCGAAAAAAAUAAGCCACAUCUGCUUUGGGAUGAAAUCUGCUGAGCAGAUGCGACAGCAGGCCCACAUCCAGGUGGUCAGUAAGAAUCUGUACAGCCAAGACACCAAACACUCCCCACUGCCCUAUGGAGUGCUGGACCACCGUAUGGGUACCAGUGAGAAGGACAGGCCCUGUCUGACAUGUGGGAAGAACCUGGCCGAUUGUUUGGGACAUUACGGCUACCUGGACCUGGAGCUCCCAUGUUUUCAUGUUGGCUAUUUCAAAGCCACCAUAGGAAUCUUGCAGAUGAUUUGCAAGACGUGCUCAAGCAUAAUGCUGACGAAAGAGGAGAAGCUGCAGUUCAUGGAUUUCUUGAAGCGGCCUAACCUGGCCUAUCUCCAGAAACGGGGGUUGAAGAAGAAGAUCUCCGAUAAAUGCCGCAAAAGGACAAUCUGUCUAAACUGUGCCGCUUUCAAUGGACCGGUGAAAAAGUGCGGCCUGCUGAAGAUCAUCCAUGAGAAGUAUAAAACUACUAAGAAGGUGGUGGAUCAUUUUGUGUCAGAAUUCAUGCAGUCCUUUGAUACGGCCAUCGAACAUAACAAACUGGUCGAGCCUCUGCUGACCAGAGCACAGGAAAACCUGAAUCCUCUGGUGGUCCUGAACAUGUUUAAAAGGAUUCCCCAAGAAGACAUCCCCCUGCUGCUGAUGAACCCUGAAGCAGGGAAACCCGCAGACCUCAUCAUCACCCGCCUCCUUGUGCCUCCUCUCUGCAUCCGACCCUCUGUGGUCAGCGACCUCAAGUCGGGCACCAAUGAGGACGACCUCACCAUGAAGCUGACAGAGAUAAUCUUCCUUAAUGACGUCAUCAAAAAGCAUCGUAUGACCGGGGCGAAGACCCAGAUGAUCAUGGAGGACUGGGACUUCCUCCAGCUGCAGUGUGCCCUUUAUAUCAACAGUGAACUUUCUGGCAUCCCCCUCAACAUGGCACCUAAGAAAUGGACCAGAGGCUUUGUACAGAGACUCAAGGGAAAGCAAGGUCGAUUCAGGGGAAACCUCUCAGGGAAACGAGUGGACUUCUCCGGCCGAACUGUCAUUUCUCCUGACCCGAACCUGAGGAUCGACGAGGUGGCCGUCCCUGUGCAUGUGGCCAAAAUCCUGACGUAUCCAGAGAGGGUAAACAAAGCCAAUCUGGAGCUAAUGAGGAAACUUGUCCGCAAUGGUCCGGACGUUCACCCCGGAGCCAACUUCAUCCAGAACCGUACCGCACAGAUAAAGAGGUUUUUAAAAUAUGGAAACCGUGAAAAGAUUGCUCAGGAACUGAGGUUUGGUGACGUGGUGGAACGACACCUGAUAGAUGGAGACAUUGUGCUCUUCAAUCGACAGCCCUCUCUGCACAAACUCAGCAUCAUGGCCCACAUUGCCAGAGUCAAACCACACAGGACAUUUCGGUUCAACGAGUGUGUGUGCACCCCGUACAAUGCCGACUUUGACGGUGAUGAAAUGAAUCUCCACUUACCUCAGACUGAAGAGGCCAAAGCCGAGGCCCUGGUCCUGAUGGGGACCAAAGCUAAUCUCGUCACUCCAAGAAAUGGCGAACCACUGAUUGCUGCUAUUCAGGACUUUUUGACAGGAGCUUAUCUCUUGACGCUCAAGGACACCUUCUUUGACAGAUCAAAAGCCUGUCAGAUAGUGGCAUCAAUUCUUGUGGGAAAAGAUGAGAAAAUCAAGAUCUCUCUCCCGCGCCCCGCUAUCAUGAAGCCCAUGGCUCUGUGGACCGGAAAACAGAUCUUCAGCAUGAUUCUGAAGCCCAGUAAGGAGUGUCCAGUGAAGGCCAACCUGCGGACCAAAGGCAAACAGUACUGCGGCAAGGGAGAGGAUCUCUGUCACAAUGACUCCUUUGUGGUGAUUCACAACAGUGAGCUGAUGAGUGGCAGCAUGGACAAGGGCACUUUGGGAUCCGGCUCCAAGAACAACAUUUUUUACAUCCUGCUGAGAGACUGGGGACAGCUUGAGGCUGCUAACGCCAUGUCCCGCCUGGCGAGACUGGCUCCGGUGUAUCUCUCCAACAGAGGUUUCUCUAUUGGAAUUGGUGACGUGACACCUGGACAGGGUCUGCUGAAAGCCAAACAGGACCUGCUGGAUGACGGCUACAAGAAGUGUGAUGAGUACAUCGAAGCUUUGGAGACGGGCAAGUUACAGCAGCAGCCGGGCUGCACAGCAGAGGAGACACUGGAGGCUCUGAUCUUGAGAGAGCUGUCUGUAAUCAGAGACCGAGCCGGCAGUGCCUGUCUCAGGGAGCUCGACAAAAGUAACAGUCCUCUGAUCAUGGCCCUCUGUGGCUCCAAAGGAUCCUUCAUUAAUAUCUCUCAGAUGAUUGCUUGUGUGGGCCAGCAGGCCAUAAGUGGCUCUCGAGUACCUGAUGGUUUUGAGAAUCGCUCCCUUCCUCACUUUGAAAAACACUCAAAGCUUCCUGCUGCUAAAGGCUUUGUGGCGGACAGCUUCUAUUCUGGUCUGACACCCACAGAGUUCUUCUUUCACACCAUGGCAGGCCGAGAAGGUCUGGUGGACACUGCAGUGAAAACUGCAGAGACUGGAUACAUGCAGAGACGUCUAGUGAAGUCUCUGGAGGAUUUGUGCUCACAGUACGACCUGACAGUACGCAGCUCCACGGGUGACAUCAUCCAAUUUAUUUAUGGCGGCGACGGCCUGGAUCCUGCUGCAAUGGAAGGAAAGGACGAGCCGCUGGAGUUUAAGAGAGUUCUGGACAACAUUCGGGCGGUCUAUGCAUGUUCAGAUGAGCCUGCACUCAGUCAAAAUGAGCUGGUCCUCACUGCAGAAGCUAUCAUGAAAAGAGCUGAUUUCCUGUGCUGCAGAGACAGCUUCUUGGAGGAAUUAACUGACACAGGCUCAGAGAAGUACUUGGAGGAGAUAAAGAAAUUCAUUAAAGGUGUUUCAGAAAGGAUCAAGAAGACCAGAGACAAGUACGGCAUAAACGACAACGGCACUAGUGAGCCAAAAGUUCUCUAUCAGCUGGACCGCAUUACCCCCACCCAGCUAGAGAAAUUUCUCGAAACCUGCAGAGACAAGUACAUGAGAGCCCAGAUGGAACCAGGCUCAGCAGUAGGUGCCCUGUGUGCUCAGAGCAUCGGAGAGCCUGGCACUCAAAUGACACUGAAAACCUUUCACUUCGCCGGUGUAGCUUCAAUGAACAUCACUCUGGGGGUUCCUCGCAUAAAGGAAAUCAUCAAUGCUUCCAAGAACAUCAGCACCCCUAUAAUCACGGCUCACUUGGAUGUGGAAGACGACGCUGACUAUGCCAGGCUGGUGAAGGGGAGAAUUGAGAAGACUCUUCUAGGAGAAAUUUCUGAGUACAUAGAAGAGGUUUUUCUUCCAGAUGACUGCUUCAUCCUGGUGAAAUUAUCACUGGAGAGAAUCAGACUGCUGCGACUGGAGGUAAAUGCAGAAACAGUGCGUUAUUCCAUCUGCAUGUCUAAACUACGAGUCAAACCUGGAGACAUUGCUGUGCACGGCGAGGCGGUGGUAUGUGUGUCUCCACGAGAAAACAACAAAAGCUCCAUGUACUAUGUGCUGCAGUCAUUAAAAGAAGAACUUCCUAAGGUGGUGGUUCAAGGCAUACCAGAGGUCGCCCGAGCAGUUAUUCACAUUGACGAACAGAGUGGCAAGAACAAGUACAAACUUCUGGUGGAGGGCGACAAUCUGAGAGCUGUCAUGGCAACUCACGGAGUGAAUGGGAGUAGGACCACAUCAAACAACACAUACGAGGUUGAGAGGACUUUGGGUAUUGAGGCUGCAAGAUCCACCAUCAUCAACGAGAUUCAGUACACCAUGGUCAACCAUGGAAUGAGCAUCGACCGGCGUCACGUCAUGCUUCUUGCUGAUCUUAUGUCCUAUAAGGGGGAGAUUCUGGGAAUCACCAGGUUUGGUUUAGCCAAAAUGAAGGAAAGUGUCCUCAUGCUGGCCUCCUUCGAGAAAACAGCUGAUCAUCUCUUCGAUGCUGCCUAUUUUGGACAAAAGGACUCCGUCUGCGGUGUGUCUGAGUGCAUCAUUAUGGGGAUUCCAAUGAAUAUUGGAACAGGACUGUUUAAACUCCUGCACAAGGCUGACAAGGAUCCCUCCCCAGUCAAAAGGCCUCUCCUCUUUGACACUCCAGACUUUCAUAUACCUCUGAUCACAUAGCAGCAAAGACAGAAAUAGGAAUAUUUAGAAAUUUUUUUAUUCAUAGCGUCUCCAGACAGUAAGAUUAUCCUCAACAAAAAGUGCCUGCCAAAGUGUCAAAUAAUACCCUUUUUGUGAAUCUGACAGAAAAUCGAUUUGUCUUCUGUUUUUUGGCAUUCUGUUGCCAAUGCCACACACAAAGAAGGUUUCUUUUUAUUUUACAAAGCAAAUUUGUUAGCACAUAAGGGAGACAGUACAAUUGCUUAUUAUUUCAGUGUAAAUUUGGUUAACUGGGAGGAGAUCGAAGAAAGAUUUUGCUGCUUUAAACCCUUAUCCUUAACUGCUUCUCUGGGUUUUUACAUGUUUGUAGAAGAGUGUGUUUCCUUGGUUAUUACAAUGUUACAUAAUCUUAUGUUCCCACAGUGUAAACGGCUCAGAACACUGUGGAUGUAGACUGGAUCUCUUCUGUUUUGGCACUUGGUUUUGAAUAAUAGUAUGAGGUGCGUGUGCGAUAGCAUUGUGGCUUCCAUUUGAUAAAAAAUGGUACUCACACUGCAAAACACAUGUUGGGUAUGAAGAUUAGUUUGUCAUUUAUGUGAAGUAUUGGUUUUCAGGCGAGACUCAGCUUAGUAGAGGGUGAUUGAAAUUGAGAUUUUACAUCCUGUAAGAAGUUUACUCAUGGAAUAAUGUAUGUAAUGUAAAAAAUAAAUCACUUAAUGAAACUAC